AUGGCAGACACAAACGAAGGAGGCUCAAGCGCAAACGCAGGCUCGGAGGGCGGAAGCGGAGGAAUGUUCUCAAAAAUGUCAAAAACCACCAAGAUUGUGCUAGCGAUACUGCUGGUUGUUGUUAUAUCUAUUUUUGUGUUUCUAACGGUGUACACGGUCACUGUGUCAUUUGGCAGCGGCGACUCCAAGAAAGUUGCGCCUGGGAAGUCUAGCCUAAUCGCCACAAGCAGAAUUGCGCAGGAGUCCUUCGCCAAGGCAAAGGCCAGCGAAGACAGCGAAGCAAAGAAGAAGAAAGGCGGCUCAAAGAAGGGGAAGGGGAAGCUGUCUGUAGACUCAACAAGCCACGGAAGUAUAUCACGGCCAGGCACAGCCAAAGCAAGCACCGCAGAAGCUUCUGACGACGCUGAGAAGAAAAAAUCUCGCAAGAAGAAAGCCGACAGGUCUGGGAGCGCCAUAGAUAGUAAUUUGAGAAGUAUCUUGGGAGUGACCGAUGUUAGGCUGGUAGAACCAAAGGCAAGCAACCUGGUAAGCGCAUAA